GGACCAAUCGAUAUCAUUCAAAAUAAUGUACAAGUUUAAAUAGUCAGCUCUUUUAUAGUUAUAAAUAAGGUUAUUAGAAAAAUAAUUGGAAUUACGGUUUAAAUUGAGAUACGGUAUGAUAAAUGUUAGUUCAAGAGCAGGAUGAUGAGCAUCCUCAAAAACCAAAGGUGAUGCAUCCCGCUGGACAUUCAAAUCAAUGUUGCUAAGUACCAGAUCCAAAGUACGGUUGUUUACAUUAAGAAUAUUAUUUUUGAGCUUUAAGUUAAACAAUGUUGAAAAAUUAUUUAGUCUACGUGCACGUAAGGAACCAGUAAAUAAGUUGUAAUCAGCCGAGUUAAUCUCAGGAAGAUUAAAAUCUCCAACCAUAAUAAUAUUACCAUCAAUAUAACUCAUUGAGACUCUCAACAUGAUUAUAGAAAUUUUCAAAAAUACACAUAUUCGAAGCAGGCGGAAUAUAGACAACAAUCAAAAAUACAUUACAAUAACCGAAAUUUAGUUUGACACACAAAACUGGAAACCCUCACCACGGGAAGAAGCUACCAAUUCAGAGCUAUAGCAAUCUUUCACAGCUACAACAACUCCCCGUCCUCUUCUUCCGUCAUUUGUUUAUGAAGAAAACUAAAGACAAAGUGGAAAAAGAACUCGAGAAAAAAGAAACAGAAGACUUGUUUUCAUCCCAAAUAACGGACGAAAUGAAAUUUGGAAAGAAUUUCAUAAUUGAACCUAGCAUAGCUCGAUGCAAAGAGCUGAUCAAUGGUAGGUUGUCAUUCAACGGAAUGAAUCCAGAAAUUGAACGCGAGAUGUUCGCAGACAAAGAAGGAGCGACCACUAGCAGUGCGCCUCAAACAAAGUCUGCCGAUGUAUCCGAUAUGGAAAUGGCCAAGUACCAAAUGAGUAUCACAAAUACGGUCGCUAAGAAGUUUCAAAAGAAAAAUGAAAGACAUAGUAAGGUAAAUGUCAGACCUAAUAAAAAAGUAAAAUUCUUAAAGCCAAAUGACGAUGAUUAGACUAAUAUUUUAGAUGUAUGGAUAAGUUUUUCAUAAAAUAAAUCAUUUAUGAAUUGUCUUUUUUUAA